AUGGACACACUACUCGCGCGCGUGCCGGAACCCUCGAGCCAGAGUGAAGUCGGGAAGGAUAAGAUGUCUUCCUCACAAGAACCACCCGCUGCAUCAUUCAUCCCACAAGCCAUCAUAGACGCCACGGAAAAGGGCAUGAUGGGCACGAAUGGGUCUUCUGGAAGUUGGUCGACAGAGAACGUGGCAGAUGAGGGAGCGAAAGGGAAAGAGGGGAAGAGUGCAGAUGGGAUCGGGGAGGAUGGGUGUAGGCAUGUGCGGUGGAAGGGAACCGAUGUUUGA